UCCCCAAACCCCAUCGCCGUCGGGAACCCGGAGAAGCGACACUACUUUGCUGGACCGAUAUUCAGCAAGACCAUGCAGGAGGCACGGGCACGGGCUAGCAAGGAGGACCCUGCGGCGCCAAGAGCCAGUGAUUCAUUGCCCUCACACAGUGGCAGCCCACCAGAGCCCACAGAGGAGCUGCCUGAUGUUGACCCACAAAAGCGGAGGGAUCUACGUCGCGCUGCAAAGGAUGCAGCAGAAGAAAAGAAGAGUGGGAAGAAAGACAAAGAGAUCGCGAAGACAAAAAAACAAGCAGUGAAGGAGAUCAAGAAAAAGAAGGACCAAGGAAGAGGAAAGGCCACAGGCGAAGAAGAAGAAGGAGAAGAAGCAGCCGGAGCUGACUAAUGGCAAGGAUGAAGAUGAAGAGGAGGAGGAGGAAGAGAGAGAGAAGAUGAAGAGGAGGAGGAGCUCCAAGAAGAUCAGGAAUUGGAGGAGGAAGAAAAGCAGCCUGCCGAGAAUGGCAAAGGGGUUGCAAAGAAGAAGAAGAAGAAUGAGAACGUCAAAAACAAGAACGAGAAGGAAGAAGAGCGAUCAUCAAAAGUGACGAAGAAAAAGAAGAAGGAUGACAAAGAUGCAGAGCAGCCAGCCAAAGGCAAGGUUGCAAAAGGCAAGAAGAAGGAAUCGCAAAAAGCGAAGGAUGAAGAGGAGGAGGAAGAAGAAGAAAUGAAAGGUAAUGGCGCAAAGGAUGCAGAGAAGAAAGCAUUGAAAGCCAACAAGCACAAGCAAGAUGAGAAGAAAACGACCAAGAAGAAGAAGGAAGAGGAGGAGGAGGAGGAGGAGGAGGGGGAGGAGCCGCCAAAGGCAGCCAAGAAGAAAAAGGAUGACGAAGGCAAAGAAGACAAGAAGAGCAAGAAGAGCGACAAGAAGAGCGAAGACAAGAAGAAUAAGUGCGAGGAGGAGCCGUCAAAA